AUGGCUAGUGAGUCGAACAUCAACAUUACGUCUGCAUCUCUACGUGGAAGCCCGUCAGAUCGCAUCAUCAAACCACGUCCCCGAAAGGACUCUUUGCAAUCAAUUUCCGGUUCUGAUACCCACCCCGGGCGCGUCGUGAAGCCUCGUGCGCGCAAAUCGCCCGGUUCUGGAGCAAAGCGGUCGGAACCCGCGAAGCGCAAAUUCAUCUGCUCGUUCUCCCACUAUGGCUGCGAUGUUGCCUUGAGUUCCAAGAACGAGUGGAAGCGUCAUGUCUCGAUCCAGCACCUUCAGCUGGGAUUCUACCGUUGCGAUGUCGGCUCGUGCAACCCCGACUUAAACACCAAUGUUCCCAACCAUAAACGAGUCUACAACGACUUCAAUCGGAAGGAUCUCUUCACCCAGCAUCAUCGACGCAUGCACAAGCCUGAGACUGGUCCAGGCUCAGGCCCAAUCGUUCCUGGUAACGCCGGCGACAAGGAUUGGAGAGCCUUUGAGGACAGUCUUGAGGAAGUGCGCAACCGCUGCUGGAUGGAGAAAAGAAAACCUCCCCAGCGCAGUACCUGUGGCUUCUGUGGCAGGGUCUUUGAAGGGGAAGGCAGCUGGAACGAGCGCAUGGAGCAUGUCGGGGGCCAUUUCUCCCGCGACAUCGUCGAAGCCAAGGAAGAACGGGAGGAUGAAGAUCUGACCAAUUGGGCUCUUCAAGAAGGCAUUAUCAAGGACGCGGGUAACGGCCGUCAUGUCCUUGUCGACCAACCUCCUACGAUCAGUGAACGACCUUACUCGAGCAGGGACAGGGACGUCACCAUGACCGAUGCUCCCAGCUCUGAUGGUCUCUCUCGUGACCUCGAACAGUCCCCAUCACUGAGUGCCUCAUCCCGACGACCAGAAUCAGAAAGCAACUAUCCCAAGCUUGAUAGUCCCCAAGAAGCCCGUCGACUCAGUAAUACCAUGAGCCCCAAUGGUACCCCUCGCGCCCCCUCCGUGCCACUGCUUCAGCCUGCACCUGGAAGCUCGGCUGCUGGACAGGCCAUUGCGCCUGCGCUUGCGGCGGCGGCGCUUGUAUCAGUCACAACCCCUGAUUCGCCUGAGAAUAAGCUCCAGCCUCCACCAACACCCCCUGAAAGGCGAGGCUACAACCUCGCACCGCCCCCGUUACAAGGAGGAAAACAGCCUUCUGGAACUGCUGCCCAAGGCGAUUCCGGGAGCGGGGACCGACUUGAGGAUCUUAUCAACCAAUUGAUCCGACCCAAACCUCCUAAGACUCAUCGUCGUCUUACAUGGAAAUGUGAUUGCAAUCUAGAGAUGUCGGUUGAUAUUGACGACGCGGACCGACAAGCCAUUGAGAGCCUCCAAGAUAUCAGCAUUAUAUGCAGCAAGACAUCAAAUCCCUAUCUGAAGGUUGCCAAAAGCGGGAAGUAUCAUGUGGUUGCAUGUGACGAGCUCGCCGGCUACAUUUGGAAGAAUUCGAAACAACCCGUCGAACAGCACAAUCGACCCAGCGAAGUACCCGUCAGCUAG